AAAAUCACACAGAGUCGGAAAUACGACGUUAUCUUGUUGACGUGUGUUCGUUUCUUCGUGAUCGACAAAAAUAAUACCCAACCGCUUUAGCUGUAACCGCGACAAUAUUAACACAAACAAUUGUAAAUAAAAAAUACGUUUAUAGUUUUAGUUACGUAAUGCGUGAUAAGGUAUUUUUUUAGGCAAAUGUGUUCAGUAAAUAAUCGUAAUAAAUAGUGCAGUGUAUUAUUGUAAUUUUACGAAUUAUGACUGUUUGAACUCACGUGGAGUGCUGGAAAUCGAUUCACAUCCAUAAUGUCGCUGAAGAAAGAAUCUCGAACAGACGUCCAGUUCCAUUUGGCAGCUCUACGAGGUGACUGCGAUAGACUGCGUCAGCUCCUUGACACUGGGAAAGUUCACAUCGAUUCCAGAGACAGGGAUGGCACGACGCCGCUCAUUCUGUCAGCUGCGAUGGGUCACACGGAGUGCGUGCGGGAACUGCUGGUGCAGGGCGCCGACCCCGCUUGCAGCAGAACGACAGGAACGAGUGCGCUGUUCUUCGCAGCGCAAGGCGGUUUCCUGGACAUAGCUCGCUUACUGCUCGAAUCCGGAGCUGCCAUCGACGCACCUAGCAUGGACGGUGGCACACCGUUGUUCGUGGCGUGCCAGUGCGGUCACUUGCCGGUCGUUGAAGAGCUCAUCCGCAGGGGCGCUAAUGUCAAUUCUUCUAUGAAGGACAAAGCGACUCCCCUGUUCAUAGCGGCGCAGAACGGUCACGAGGAGGUGUGCCGCGCGCUGAUCACGGCGGGCGCGCACGUGGACGCCGCGCGCGCCGACCGCGCCACGCCGCUGUGGAUCGCCGCGCAGUGCGGCCACCAGCACGUCGCGCGACUGCUGCUGGCCGCCGGCGCCGAGCCAGACCACGUGCGGCAGGAUGGCGCCACACCGCUGUUCAAAGCUGCACACAAGGGGCAUGCUGCCGUGGUCGUAGAAUUGCUCAAAUACAAGCCAAACCUUGGACUGCUUCCCAACGGCCAGUCAGCUCUACACGGCGCAGCAAUGUUCGGGCAGCUAUCCUGUGUGCGUCUGCUGGCGCGUGGCUCGGGGCUGGCGCUGCGCAACUGCGCCGGACACACGGCGCUGCAGGCCGCCGCCGCCGCCCGCAAGCACGACGUCGCCGCCUACCUGCGCCGCCUCGAGCACGAGCUGCCCACGUGAUACUGUACUACAUAAGCAGUUUUAGGACCGACCGGUGUUGGGUUGAAUUGUUUGAAAUGCUUUUUGGUAGCAGCGCCAUCUAGUGGUUGUCAGAGUAAACUUAACUUUAUACGGUUUCAGUUGAAAAUGUGAUUUAUGCAAUUAACUGAAUUCCUUCAUGAAAAAAUGCAAUUAUGUAUGUGUUAGGCAGAGGAAAUUUUACAUCAAUAGAGUAAGCCAACUUUACUGAUCUUCGAGUGAUUGCUUUUUCAAACUUUUCACUGAUUAUUAUCAAAAUCAGAAGAAAUUUUCGACUUGUUUUUUAUAGUAUGUAUUUAGUAGCAAAUCUGACAGUUCAACCCAACAAUCGUCUCCAAAUCAUUUGUUAUAAAUCUCACGGUCAUUCGAUCUGCAUACAAUCUCGUAUUCCUAACUAUAGUUACUAACCGAACAUUUUGUAUGACGUACUCGCAGCCAUACUCGUUAGCUUUACCCACUCGCCUUAUGCAAUACCUCACUUUAUACUGAAUAUCUAUCACACUAUGUAUACGGUAGCACUAGACAACUUAUUUUUUUUUAUCCCAAGUUCACCUAACAACGUAAACGUCAAUUUUCUCAAAAUAACUUGAAUUUUCACGUUCAAUUUUCAAAAGAAACAGACACAUAUGUUGUAACCUUUCACCUUAAUAUUCGAAUUUCCUAGUGAAGUACAAGAAACAAAAGAAAAUCACAAACAAUAAGUCUAAUUACCUAAUGAUAUAUCUAUUGCUACCAUUUAUAUAGUAACAGUUUUAUAUACAAUUGGUUUCAUCGUUGGUGCUGAUUUAGUAAAUAAGCGAUAUUUAAACAUGUUUUAAUUUUUACACUAGUCAACUGUAUCACGGUCAUGGUAGUUCACGUUCUGAAAAAAACUAACUCAUCUAUUUUCCUGAAUAUUUCUCAAAAAGAAUCUGCAAGUGAAACUACAUGACCGCGAUAAUCUUAUUCACUGUAGCUUAGAAAUGAAAUAAAUGUAUUUUUCAUACAAUCACAUACACAACUAGUUUAUAGAGAACUGUUGUAUUGUUGUAGCGUAGGUUUAAGCGAAGUAUUUAUUUGUAUCUACGACACUAUUGUAAUUAUCGCUCAAUUAUAUUUUAAAUUGUAUCAAAGUAUUGAGCGAUUUCUUAAUAUGGAAUCUCAUGAAGUGUUUUAAUACGAACAGUAUUCUUUUAUGCAAAUAUGAAUUUUACCAUUUAUGUGGGUGUAAUCCAGUAGAAUUUGGAUAUUUGGACAAUAUUUUAGAUUUUUACUAUUUUAUUUCAGUGAAUAGUAAGUUCCUGUAGCAACACAGCAUAGUUCCAUAUGAUGGUCAAUUAUUUAAACUAAAUGGUUUUAGGAUUAUCAUCACCAAAUAAAACAUGAUAUUAUUUAACUUAGUUAAUGUAUAUUGUAUUAAUACAUAGCAUAAUACGUGUCGGUUUAGAAUAAGUUUCAGCAUUGUUGUUAUGUUAUAUGAACAGUACAGUUGUUUUUUUUU